AUUUUUAACAGGUUUUGUUGCAUUUAAACAAUUAGAGUUUUAUUAGGCAAAAAAUGACUUACUAGGCAAAAAACGACUAAGUUACUCCUAGAAUGAAGACACCAUCCUUUUAAUCCAUAUGUCUUUUUAUGUGUAUCUGGGACUUUGAGGAUUUAUAUCCUGUUCAGUUCACAAUUGAUAUGUACCUGGGUCUGUAAACUUCAGACUUUAUUUUUCCAAUUCCUUUUCCUCUUAACUUUUUUUGGGGGAUGAGAGUGAAAAUUAAAAAGAAUUUUUUUUUCAGUGAUCUGGGAUUCUAGUUGCUUAUAGAUGGAUACAUAGAGAAAACAUCUCACGUUUAUAUUUAAAGACAGUAUGCCUAUCUUUAACUAACUUCAUUAUUUCCACACCUGCAUCUUAUUAUUUCUUCCAACAUUCCCAGGAGUUUCCUGAGUACUUGGUUUCAUUCAGUGUAGGGGCAAAAUGGAGAUGUUAGCACUCUUACCAUUUAAAACCACACAGAACUCAGGGUCUCUGUCAACCAGCUUUCCACUUGGAAUUAAAUUUCAAUCAGUUUACUAAUUGCAUUGCACACUCUGAACUUCAGAUAUGAAGGAAUCUUCACAUUCAGUCAUAGUUGCUGAUCUUAAGGUUUUUUUAGCUUUGGAAUUUCACACAAGAUUUAGUUAAAUACGUUCAAACCUUUCCUAUUUAAAGUUUUUGGAAUAAACAUUUUAUGUAUAUUUUGGCUAGAGUCAGUUUUUGGAGCUUUGGCAUACUGUUGUUUCUUGGAAUUGAUACAUCUUUUAUACUCUUCCCAAGGUAUUGUGAAAUACGUGUGCGGCAUAUCUCAGGUGACUUUUUAAAAAUUGUGCCUCAUAUUUGGUGAUAAUUGGAAACUGGUAGUUUGUGAUAUGGGCGUAAUUGAGAAUAACCAUUGCAAGAAGAUCUGCCUUUUCAAACUCAUUUUUCACUCUUCUUGCCCAAAGGAAAAAAAAUUAGUAACACUGUAUGGUUUCCUCAUAACAAUAUUGAGGUUUUAGAGAGAAGAUUUCUGCUUUAUUCAUCUGUGGAGGUGGUAUAUUUGUACAUAUUUCACACAGUUGUUUGAGAAGUCAAUAAGAUAAUAGAUGUGAAAUGCCUAACACAAUGACUGCAUAUAGUGGGUUCAUUCCAACAAAGGCUGAAUAUAGCAUAAGAAGUAAUCAUGCUUACAGGGAAUUGAAAGUCACUGGAGCAGAGACAAAUUAAUAUAUGCCUAUAAGUUCUGCCCUGAUUAGUUAUGAAAUCCAUUCAGAAGUAAUGAACAAUUUGGAGAGGGGCAUAUAGAACAGAAAGUUUCACGAAACUGAGGCUUCAGGCUUACACUGGUUGUCUGGAAGCAGAAACAGAGAGGAAGAGACUGGUAAAUGGUAGCAAAAUAUUUCUGAUCUUUGGAACUGCUGUCAUGAUUGCCAUUUUUCAUACCUCUUUAACCUGUGUUAAUUCAGUCUGGGCUGUUCCUUUAGUUUGUUUUAUGAGUAGAGUUUUUUUUUAAUUAUAUUGUUCCAAUGAGAGAAGGCAGUCACCUCAGGAGGCAGCUUUAAUUUGUUUAACUUGGUAACGAAGUUGAAGUUACCCAUAGAGUACGUUUCGCUGCACCUGACAUUCCUUCCUUGCGGGACCCUCCCUGUGAGUAAGAGGAAGCUUGGCCAAUUACGUUAGACAAAGCCGGACUGCUGCCGAGCCCAGCUGGGAGGAGUUUCCUUCUCUGAGCGGAGCUGCUACACUUCGGGGCUUUCUGCCACCUCCUUUUAUUCACACCACUUCACCAGGCGGGUUACCUGAGGUGGCGGUCGCAAAGCGGGUGCUGCUCUUUGCAGGGACUCUCUCCACCGGGAGGGCUCUAGGGUGAGAGGAACUGUUGCCGUGUCCAGUUCGCUACUUCAGGCAGAUGCUUUCUUUCCCCGGCGGCACUCCUCCUCCCACACAGACCAGGACAUCAGGUCCAGCCCCCGGAGUGAGUCUCAGGUGGCCCCAGAGUGGCGUCCUUGCCAAUGAUUCGGUGGAAGGGGAAGGGGUGGUCCUCUGUCUGGACCCCUCAGGGCUGACUCACAGGAAGUGCUGAGCGAGCCUGGCACUGGGCGAAGCCGCUCUAGGUUCUGGCCCUCCCUGCCUCACCGCCCGCCCUCUCCCACGUAAGGCUUUGCAGCAUCUCCCGAUGAAACAAUGAAGUGGUUCUAAGUUUGCUAAGAUUCCCAGGGAAAUUCUUUGGACUUCCAUGACAAUCGUCAAAAUGUUUUGCCACCGACUUUCCCAAGAAGCGGUUUAAAAAAAAAAACCUUCCCUUCGCGGAUUGCUUUGUCUGAAGAUUACCCUGGGUGAUCAUGGUUCAGCGCUUUAGCCUCAGGCGGCAGCUAUCCAAGAUCGAACGGUUGGAAGUAAGCAGCCUUGCCCAGACUUCCAGUGCAGUGGCCUCCAGCACAGAUGGCAGCAUCCACACAGACUCUGUGGAUGGCACCCCAGACCCUCAGCGCACAAAGGCUGCUAUUGCUCACCUGCAGCAGAAGAUCCUGAAGCUUACAGAGCAGAUCAAGAUUGCACAAACAGCCCGGGACGACAAUGUUGCCGAGUACUUGAAGCUUGCCAACAGUGCAGACAAGCAGCAGGCUGCCCGCAUCAAGCAAGUCUUUGAGAAGAAGAACCAGAAAUCUGCCCAAACCAUCCUUCAGCUGCAGAAGAAGCUUGAGCACUACCACAGGAAGCUCCGAGAGGUGGAGCAGAAUGGGAUCCCCCGGCAGCCCAAGGAUGUCUUCAGGGACAUGCACCAGGGUCUGAAGGAUGUGGGCGCCAAGGUGACUGGCUUCAGUGAAGGUGUGGUGGACAGUGUCAAAGGCGGACUUUCCAGCUUCUCCCAGGCGACCCAUUCAGCAGCAGGGGCCGUGGUCUCCAAGCCCAGAGAGAUUGCUUCGCUAAUUCGGAAUAAAUUUGGCAGUGCAGACAACAUCCCCAACCUGAAGGACUCUUUAGAGGAAGGGCAAGUGGAUGAUGGGGGGAAGGCUUUGGGAGUGAUUUCAAACUUUCAGUCCAGCCCAAAAUAUGGUAGUGAGGAAGAUUGUUCUAGUGCCACUUCAGGCUCAGUGGGGGCCAACAGCACUACCGGAGGCAUCGCUGUAGGAGCAUCUAGCUCCAAAACAAACACCCUGGACAUGCAGAGCUCAGGAUUUGAUGCACUACUCCACGAGAUCCAGGAGAUCCGGGAAACCCAGGCCAGGCUAGAGGAAUCCUUUGAAACUCUCAAGGAACAUUAUCAGAGGGACUAUUCCUUAAUAAUACAGGCCUUACAGGAAGAGCGAUAUAGAUGUGAGCGAUUAGAAGAACAGCUAAAUGACCUAACAGAGCUUCACCAGAAUGAAAUCUUGAACUUGAAGCAGGAACUGGCCAGCAUGGAAGAGAAAAUUGCAUAUCAGUCCUAUGAACGGGCCCGGGACAUCCAGGAGGCGCUAGAGGCCUGCCAGACGCGCAUCUCCAAGAUGGAGCUGCAGCAGCAGCAGCAGCAGGUGGUACAGCUAGAGGGCCUCGAGAGCGCCACUGCGCGGAACCUGCUAGGCAAGCUCAUCAACGUCCUGCUGGCGGUCAUGGCUGUCCUGCUGGUCUUCGUCUCCACAGUGGCCAACUGCGUGCUGCCUCUCAUGAAGACUCGCAACAGGACGUUCAGCACUUUAUUCCUGGUGGUUCUCCUUGCCUUUCUCUGGAAGCACUGGGACGCCCUCUUCAGCUACGCGGAGCGGUUCUUCACGUGUCCCCGGUGACGCCGGCGCCGCCAGGCGGCCCCACCCCGGCGAGUGCAUGCGGCCAAGUGGGCGGCCGCUUACCUCCUCCGAAGUUUUCUACGACAAGAGUUGAGUGAAUCUGUUUACAUUUAGAAUAAUGUUUUUUUCUUCAAGAGACGCAACUGCAAUAGUAUUUUUUAGAUUUUAUCCAAGAAGUUUUUUGGGCAAAAAUCUUGGAUCAUUUUUAUGUAGCAUGAUUUUCCUUGGGAUGCAAAUCUUAAAACAGCCCUUUACUAUGAAUCAACAAUCCGGAGCACAUUGAAGGGCAUUCUAAACUGUGGCUUGAAGGACUGCACUAAAACCCCUAAAAAGAUGCGAAAACCUGACUCGGGGAACUGGUCAACCUGACACCCUGCCUUGUCUGGGCACCACCUCUCCCCUCCCAGACUAACUAUACUGUGAAAUCCUACCAUUCCGUGUCUGAAUUUUUGGAUUCAGGGUGGAUUGUCCUUGUCUGUGGACGAACACAUGGCUCUCCCUGGCUUUACCACCUAUGUUGGCCACUCAUGCUAACCCUGGAACUAUGAUCACUUUUGAACCUGGUGCCAGGAUACAAAAGUGAGAGCAUCUUGGCCCACAGGAUCACUGCACAGUCCUACUACAGUAUUUUGAAGUAGCCCUCUAAAUACUUAAUUUUAAGCAAAAUCCCUUGGCCGCACUUUUAAGGUUUUUUAAAAAUAUGUGUAUAGUCACCAACAUAAAAAACAAAACACCCGAACAGCAUACUUGAAGAAUGUAAUACUCAAACUCUCAGUGCUUCCUCAUGGUUUCCAGUAGGAUUUUUUAUUAUUGUUAUUAUUAUUAUUGGGUUUUUUUGGAAAGGGUUGGGAGGGUCUUUUAUUUUUCCUUUGAAAUAAAGAAGUGAUGUUUUUAAAUGAAGAAAUGUGUGGCUAUGUAAGUGUGCUGCUCCCUCUUGUCUUGGAACAGUUUGAGUAAAUGAAGACUUUGCUAUAAAUGCCCCCCUCUGAUGCCGUUGUUUUAAAAUGCAGCCUAGAACUCCCUCCUCUGGCCGCUGCUGCUGCUUUUUGGUGUCCUGCCACCCCCACACCACCACUUGGUUUGGUUGGAGAGGAAUAGGGUAUGCAGGGAGAGGGGGAGACUGUCUCCACAAACCAGCGUGAUAGGAGAGAGACUUGUUUGCCCCAAGAAAAUGUUCACCCAGUGACUUUGGUGGGGUUGUCUUUAGGAAAAAUUGAGACUGUAUUAUGAGAGUCAUAAAUAAUUCCUUGUGCUUCUUUCCCUAAUUUAUUUUUUUUAACACCCCCUAAUUAUUGAAACCAAAGUGAAGUGGAAUCUUCUGGCUGCAUUUUGGCCCCAGCAUCCUUAAUUUCAAAGCUUUAUUCUGUCUGCCUGAGAGAAUCAACUGAAGCUGAUUCUCCCUAAAGAAAGAAAAGAAUAAUGUCAGGUUAGAAGGACCCCAAGUUUGGGUUGUAAAAUGUUGUCAGCUUUCUGUUCAGCAAGACUGACUCAUUAACGUAACUGGACUCAGUGGACUUUUACAGGCAGUUUAGAAAAGAGGACCGAGCCUUCCUCCCCAUCCUAUAACUGAAAUGGAACUGGGCUUUGAGAGCAUCCCGAGGAAGCUUAGCUAAUCUUCCCAUAUUCAUAGUGUUGGAUCGCAAAUGCUGUUUGCACUGAGCCUCAGGUUGGUACAACUAAGUGAUGAGCUGGGGGCCACAAAAUAUGCCCUCAGAAGAGUAGCAAAGCAUGCUUUGCCCAUUUCCCCCAUGCCAGAAAAUUCUUCUGGAACUAGAUGAGCAUUGCCUUCUCUGCCUGAGAGGAUGGUUUACAUGACAACAACAGCCUCCUGUGGUUUUGGCAGACUGGCCUUCUCCAAGUCAGCAUGUUUCCAUAAUCAUUUUGAUAUUUUAACUCAGGUACCCAAUCUUCACUCCAUCCCCAGGUGACUGUAAACCUGUUAGCUCUGCUGACCUCUCAAAAUUCGUGCCCGGAACAGGGACCAUAGGGGUGGUUUUUCUAUUAAGAAGUAAUUGGAACCAAUUCAUGUUCAGAUCAAAAACAAAUUCUUCCCAUGCCUAUGUGUUUAAGAUGUUAACUUUGCUUAAAAAUACAGUAAUGACUUUAGACAGGAGUACCAAAGGACACCAUGAUUUUGUCAGACUUACAGUCCUAACAUUCUACUUUAGUGUUAAUUGCUCAGAGUAGGGAAAAGAGCUCCCACAAAGUUUUGAAAAGAUGCUCUAGCCACAGUCCUCCAGUAUUUCAAUGAACCUUUGAAUCCCCUAAACUGUAUAGAGCUACUAAGUUUUGUGGGCUCCAGAAAUAACUAUGAAAGGUAGAUUAAAAUUGUUCCUGUUUGCUUUGGGACAGUUUCUAUCGAAGGUUUUCAGCUCUGGAGAGCCCCUGAGCUCCCAGCCAAACAGGCCUGUGCUAAUGUUCCAUCCUCCUCUCUCAGACUGUCUUAGGAAGGACCUUCAGGCUAGGUCAGGCACAGUAAUGGCUAGAAAGCUCUCUUGUCCCUUGAUGAUUCACCAGGCCCAACAGUUGCCUGCAUUUGAUGCUAUUUGUAUGUGUGCAUCUGUUUUCCUUACCUCCCCCACGCUCUGCUGCCCAUAUGUGCUGCCUUUGAGUUUCUUGGCAUUGUGGCUGUUCUUGGAUUCUCUUAUGUAUUCUUAAGCUCUUAAGCUCUUCUCUAACCUCACUCUAAUGAUUUAACACUUGUUCUGCUCUGUGAAACUUCCCCUUGCAUUAAUGCUCCACCUCUUUAACACACUCUGGGCAUUCGUUCCCUUUGGAAAAUGAAGCAUUGCUGGAUGACUUAUUAGUGCUGGUGCGGGAGGCUGGCUGGGGCAGCCUGUGUGACUCUGUGCUAGUUCUAAAAUGACUAACAUUUUACCUUUUUUAUGAUAACUGAAGGGCACUUCUGUCUGCUCCAAUUCUGAUCCCAUCAUAUACACUCGCUGCAUCCUAGCAAGGAAGGCUUUCUGCCCUACAGGCUCCUUAAGAAGCAAAAGUAGGUUAAGUUUUACACUUCACUGACUGGGCUCCUCUCUCUUCUCUGUACCUCUUCUACCCACUCUACCCAAUGGAGGUAAAAAUCUGAUACCAAGAAAAAACACUGGGGUCAAGCCUUCCUUGCUAGACAUGUCCUAAAAAGGGGCAUAUUUUUAUGUGGUCUUCACUGAAUUUGGUUUUGUUCCUGAUUUCAAAAUCCUCUGAGGUACAGUCCGAUGAAGUGCUGAAUUCUGAGUGAGUUCCAGUGAGGAGCUGCCUUUCAGCUUUGGAAAAAAGUGCAUCCAAAACAAAACCAAAUGUCCUAAUCAACAGAUUGACACAGGAAAAAUUAUAGUUCUCACCCCCAAAUGAAACUGGAGAUUUUGAAUGUGGUUCUAAGAGUUAACAUUUCUGUCUGUGUGUUGUGUAUGCUGGGUGAUGCCCUCCAUAGGAUUGACUACUAGACUGUGUGUUUUAUCAAAGUGUGUAAGAAUAAAAACUCACUUGCACGAAUUGAAAAGUACAGAAAUGACACUUGUGAACGUGUGAACGUUAACACUGUAGUUGAUAGAUCUUAAGCUGCUAAUUGUUGAGAGAGAAUUAAAUUUAUGUUUUGUCUAGUUGCUGUAUAUUCUCAGCAGCACUUUUACUGUACAUAUAAAUUGAAAUAAAGCCGUCAGCUAUUAACGAGGUG